UGGUGAUAACUGGUUCUGGUACGGUUACUGAGCAAAACUCUAACCCGUGCAAGAGUCAUGAGAGAAGGCGUGGUACGACUGAACAUUCUCUCAUCACCAGGAAACAACCAGCAGGGACGCAAAUAUGCCUCCCCUUGUGCAGACCGAAGUGCGGCCGUACCAGAUUGCCGUCGAGGACGAGAAGCUGACGGACCUGCGGGACCGGCUGUGCCGGGCGGCGCUGCCCGACGAGCUCGACGGCGCCGGGUGGGACCUCGGCGCUCCGCUCCCGGACGUGAGCCAGAUUCUCACCUACUGGCGCGACACGUAUGACUGGCGUGCCGCCGAGGCCAGGCUCAAUCGCGAGUUCCCGCAAUUCGUCACCAGCGUCGCCGUCGACGGCUUCGACCCCAUCGAUAUCCAUUUUGUCCACCAACGCUGCACCGCCGCCCCCGAACAGGCCAUUCCCUUGGUCUUCGUCCACGGCUGGCCGGGCAGCUUCUACGAGGGCACCAAGAUCGUGCACCCGCUCAGCGAGGGUGGGCCUGGCGACGACGUUCCCGGCUUCCACGUCGUCGUGCCGUCCCUGCCAAACUUUGGCUUCUCCCAAGGACCCAACAAGCUGGGGUUCUCCAUCCAGCAUCAUGCCGAGGCGCUGCACAAGCUCAUGCUGCGCCUUGGAUAUACCGAGUACGCAACCCAGGGCGGCGACUGGGGCUGGUUCAUCACCCGGGCCAUGGCCGUCAGAUAUCCUUCUCACGUCAGGGCCUCGCACUACAAUAUGGACCAAGGCUCUCCUCCGUCCUUCACUGCACACCCGCGGCUGGCCAUCGAGCACGCACUGACCCCUUACUCGGCCGACGAGAAGCGCGGCUUCGCUCGCACGCAGUGGUUCGGCGCGCACGGGUCCGGCUACUACAAGAUACAGAGCACCAAACCGCAGACGAUGGGCUACGCGCUGCGCGACAGCCCCGUGGCUCUGCUCGCCUGGGUGUACGAGAAACUGCACGACUGGACGGACGCAUAUCCCUGGACGCACGACGAAAUCUGCACCUGGAUCAGCAUAUACUGGUUCAGCACCGCGGGCCCGCAGGCCAGCGUGCGGCGGUACUACGAGUUCCGACAGAACAGCGCACCCAAGGCCGGUGCGGAAAGGAGGACUUUUUCGCACAAGGAGCUCGCCAAGCCGCUCAAGGACAACAGGGUCAAGAUUGGCCUGUCGCAUUUCCCGAGGGACCUGUGUGUCUUGCCAAGCUCGUGGACGAGGACGCAGGGUGAUGUCGUGUAUGAAAAGAGGCAUCCCAGUGGUGGUCACUUCCCGGCCUGGGAACGACCUGAAGCAAUCGUGGCGGAUCUGAGAGCCAUGUUUCGCAAAGGCGGUGGUGCGACCAAGGGUUUCAGGAAUACCAAGCUAUAAUCAGGUCUGGAAAUGGGUUCAUAUUUUCGAAAAUGAUUGUGUGGUUGGCUUGCAUGAUCUCACGUUUCACUUGUGAGGAUCGCUACGGCUCUGUUUAUUGUGAUGACGAUAACCUGUGCUGCGCACCAAGAG